AAGAACUACCGUUUUAUAUUAUUUAGUCAGUUUUAUAUAGUAUCUUGUGUCAAGUAUGUUUAAACGACUAAUAUUAUUAUUGUGAUUAAAGGAUUGUACAAAUAGUGAAGGAUGCCGGAUGACUUGUCCAGCUGUUCUUCCAGCAGUUGGCGCGGGCUCAAGCUGGUCACCGUCACCGGCUCCAGCUGUGACGCCGAUGUGUCCAUGUCCACACUAGACGCUGACCGCGACUUGACGCCGGGCAGUCUGGAGGUGUGGGUAGACCUUCCGGACACCAUCAAAUACGACCCGUCGCUGGCUCCCUUCAAGAAUCUCUACGAACAACACCAUGGAAAGUUGGAGUCUACAGAGAAUCAAGAUGGCGACAAAUCAAUAUUUCACAAAAAAAACACAGAAAUUAGUAAAAGUAAAGAACACGUAGCCAAUAAUGAUGUUCCUACUAAAGGAUGUGAUACUAGAUUAGUGGAGCCUGUACAAACACAAGAUGCGAAAAAAACUAAAUCAGCAAGAAAAAAACAGGUAGACCGUACGCUGAGCAUCAUCAAGCUAUCCAUCCUGGUUUCAGGAUGGGUGUUCCUCACGGUUUCUCUACUCCUCAACAGAGAAAGGACCGACGUGGUAUUACACACAGCGGUUAAAGAAGGAGAAAUCAAAGUAUACCCAUUAAACUGCUCACUCAAUCGAGUGACCUUGAAAGUGACCCUCACGGGCCCUUUUGACCAAACGGCGGGGAACGGCACCGAUAAUAUUCUCCAAGUGUGGCUGGAGAGAACUUUCGAGGAUUACACAGAGAGCUCCCCACUCUGGUCGGUGCGACUGAGGUCUGAUGACGUCAUCGACUUUGCCGAAAGUGCUACGGACACGAAAACCUUAGUGCUAGUCGGACGGUCGAAUGGCUCGGACAUUGCGAACAACCUGUUUUACUACAAUGGAUCCGACCUGUCGCUCCGAAUGCAGUCUUCAAGCAACACCACAGUGCCUCUCACCGUUAGCUACGUCAUGAGUCCGCUGGAAGAAAGGGACGGACUUAUCUACGCAACAGUUCUCCUGUGUACUUUGUACAUCCUUGUAAUAUUUGAGGUGGUGAACCGCACAAUCGCGGCCCUUCUCUCGUCGUCCCUCUCAGUGGCGGUGUUAGCCCUCGCCGGCGCGCGGCCCUCGUUACCCGAGCUGGUUUCCUGGCUGGAUGUGGAGACAUUGCUACUGCUGCUGAGCAUGAUGCUACUGGUCGCCAUAUUAGCUGAGACUGGGUUGUUGGACUAUUUGGCUUUGAUGGCGUUUGAGGUGACUGGCGGUCGCACGUGGCCCCUCAUCAACUGCCUGUGUCUCUUCACUGCCGUGUUCUCCACGUUUCUGGAUAACGUAACCACUGUGCUUCUCAUGACGCCAGUCACCAUCAGGCUAUGCGAAGUGAUGCAGCUGAAUCCAGUGCCAGUUCUGAUGUCGAUGGUGAUCUUCAGCAAUGUGGGGGGCGCGGCCACCCCUGUGGGGGACCCCCCCAACGUCAUCAUAGCUAGCCAUCCCGCUGUGCUGAGAGAGAACAUCAACUUCACGACGUUUACCCUCCACAUGGGAGUGGGGAUCUUGCUUGUGUGCGUGCAGACUUACCUGCAGCUGCGGUACAUGUUCCGAGACCUGAACAAGUUGCGACAUGAUGUGCCCCGGGAGAUACAGGAAAUGCGUCAGGAGAUAGCGGUGUGGAAGCGAGCGGCUGGCUCCUUGUCUUUAUACUCUAGAGACGAGGACAUCGUGAGGAAAGCUUUAGAAAAGAAGGUGGAAAGACUGAAUGCAGCGUUACAGAAGAGAGAAGCGGGUGGCUGCGGAAACAAAACUGACCCCAAAUUCUGCUCCACUCUGGCCCAGAUGAAACAGAAGUACCGCAUCAGAGACAAGCCGCUGCUGGUGAAGUCGUGUGUGUGCGUUUCUUUCGUCGUGAUCGUCUUCUUCCUGCACGCCUUCCCCUUCCUACAGCGGCUGUCUCUCGGCUGGACGGCAUUGCUCGGGGCCCUUCUGCUGCUGCUGCUGGCUGAUAUUCAGGACCUGGAGCCGAUCCUAGCCAGGGUCGAGUGGUCUACACUUCUCUUCUUUGCUGCUCUCUUUGUUCUGAUGGAGGCAUUAUCGAAACUGGGCCUCAUCGAUUGGAUUGGGAAGCUGACGGGGUCCCUCAUACUGCAAGUUGGCGAGGAGUCGCGCCUGACCGUAGCCAUCAUGCUUAUACUGUGGGUGUCAGGCUUAGCCUCAGCCUUCGUAGACAACAUUCCGCUGACGACAAUGAUGGUACGCGUGAUCGCAGGCCUAGCGGACCCCUCCGGCUUGGCGCUGCCUCUCGCCCCACUAGCCUGGGCUCUCAGCUUCGGAGCCUGCCUUGGAGGUAACGGCACUCUAAUCGGCGCAAGCGCCAACGUGGUCUGCGCGGGAGUGGCAGAACAGCACGGUUACCGGUUCACCUUCCUGCAAUACCUCCGUAUUGGUUUCCCAGUGAUGGUGGGUAACCUACUCGUUGCGUCCGGUUACCUUCUGAUCUGCAACGCUGUUGGGUGGCACUGACAUCCUCUAACCCAUAUAUUGUGCCCAUUGGUUCGUUUUCGAUCCACGCAACAAGUCGAACUUGUUAAAUUCACAAUGCAAAGUCUCAGUGAACUAUCCCUGAUCUUAUAUUUAAUUUCUGUUAUUUUUUAUGUUGAUAUUAUUCUUAAUAUAUUUAUGAAAUGUCAGUCUACGGCGAUUAGAUCAUACAAAAUAUCACAAAUAAUGUAUUAUUAAUUUAGUAAUAUUGUUAUUAUCUGUAUAAUUAGUUGUUAUCAAAUUUUAUCAUUAUUACAAAGCAAAUUGUAAAUAUUGAAGUUAUAAUUUUACGUAGUAAUGUUAAGUGAAAUAUAUUUUAUG